ACUUGCCAACCGCCAUAAAAAAACAGAAGGAGGAAAAGCGGAAGGCAACCUCUCGUUACCACUGUUUUUUUUUUUUGGUGUGCUCGUGCUGUCCAAAAUAUCAAAAAUGUUGAAAGAUUUCGUGAAAGAGCGUCUUCUUGCGGCCGCCGAUGAAAUCUUCGAAAUGUUUGAGCGAACGAUGGCGUCGUACGAGGAGCAACUUUGCCGAGCCAGAGAAGAGACGGAGCGGAAUCGACGAAAGCUCGAAGCUGUUUACAAGACUCAAAUUGUCAUACGCAUGGACGAUGUCCGGAGGGUGAUUGCUCAUCAGGCGGAACUUCCCGCUCAGCUUCAAGAGCAUCCGCAGCCCCCCCGGCAGGACGACGAGGAGGAGGCCGCCGUGAACGCGUCGCCACCGAACAACGGCAAACCCGCGGAGGAGUGUAAAGAGGAACCGGCCGAGCUUCCGAACCGCAGUGCCAGCGAAGACCGGCCUGGCGAAGGGGAGCCGGAAGGCCUCCAAGCUCCACUCGUACAAAUCGAAAACAUCCAAGGAGAAGGCGAAGGUGAAGGAGAAGCUGCAAAGUGCUCUCAGAAGAGGACGACGGCGCCUCCCGGCAAAAAGAAAAGCUCUCAACCGCGCAAGAGGCGCCGCCGGGUCAGAGAGAGAAAAAAAUACAGCUGCCCAAUUUGUCACAAAGGAUUUGACCGAGGCGAGGCCAGACACAUGAGAACGCACACCGGGGAAAAACCCUUCCGGUGUUCCGUUUGUGACAAAGCGUUCUCUCAAAAGACGCACCUGAAAAGGCACACCUGGACCCACACGGGGGAAAAACCCUUUGGCUGUUCGCAAUGCGGUAAACAUUUCAUUGACAAGUCCAAGUUGGGAAGGCACAUGAGGACACACGCCGGAGAAAAGCCUUUUCGUUGUCUCGCGUGCGGUCAAAGCUUUGCUCGCAGCAACCGGUUGGCGGUACACAUGCACGCCCAUCAUCGGUGACGACAAAUGAUGAUGUGGGAGGUCUGAGGCCCUUUAGCUGCUGGGACGUAGCGGAUGGGGUCCCCCGCGCCGUUUUUGGGGCUACGCAUUCCGUCCAUGUUUACUACAGAAUUUAUAGGGGCCAAAUUUGACCCCGCGGGUUCUCCGGGGUUCACAUUUGCGUCUUAGUUUGUUGGGGUUAGUUUGAUUUUGUGAACCCAAUGUAUUAUUUUUUUUUCACUUUGAGUGAUGAGGGCAGUCUUUUGUAAUCCCUCAUAACCUUGCUUUGGAUUUAGAUGUUUGGAAGAACAAUUGCUGUGAAAACCUUUGUCGUACUCCACGGGUGCUCCUUUUCCUUGAGUCUCGAGUCGGGACCGACUUGGCUGUUGCUGUCGAUCGUUUGUCAACAGGAAAGAACUCUCAAGCAGGCAACACUUUGGGGAUUUUUGGUCUUAUAUUUGAAACGGUUUUUUUUCUUCACACAUUUACAGACGUCAACAGAAUUGAACGAUGCAUUUCCAAAAAAAAAAUUAAAAAAAAUUUCGGGCCAUUUCAUUACUAGUCGUUGUGUUUCGAAUAUUCAUUGAGUUAUCGCGGUGCAUUGUGGGUAGCGGACGCCAUGUUUCAGCAGACGAGUCAUUCCAGAAAGCCCGACCGUGGUCGUUGCAUUUGAGUUCUAUUCCUUUCCUUUCGUUUCACCCUCGAAAGCAAAUGUCUGUAAGUCUGCUCGUGUUCAGCAUGAUUUAGAAAUGUGUUUCGGAUUUGCCUCAAUUGUUGUCAUUGGAAACUCGCUAGUUCAGUAGUAGUACUGCUAACGACGUAGCGACGAUGCUAAAUCGGUGCUAACAAGCUAAUUAGCAGGCGGAAACGCAUUGUUUGUCACACUUUGAGCCGCAUUUAUGUCCUUUGUUAAACACCUGACGAUGUGUGUUGCAUUUAUGUAUACAAUAUUAAUAUUGUAUACAUAAAUAUAUAAUAUAUAUAUUGUAUAAUGGUAUACAAUAUUCAUGUGUUAAAUCUGUUCAUUUUCAGUUUCACUCUACAAUUCCUUGAGCUGAUGUCAACAGUUGUUCACUGUACGCCGUCAAGAAGACCGCAAUAAAGGAGCAAGACGCUCACUUUCCUGGCUCACGAA